AUGAGGGCUUUCCCGAAUCCGCUGCCAGAGGUCAUGAUAGCCAUGAUUCCAGAUGGACCUGGUCUGGGUCGUCACUACGUUCUGGUCUCGGUAGUACAAAAAGCGCAUUCCAGUACCGAAACUCAUGGCUCGUGGUCUCACCUACCCCGCUUCGACUGUGCAGUUCUUCCGAGUCAUGGAUGGCAGGAAAGUGGGUAUCUAUCGUCUACCGCGUCCUCCGAAUGCAUAUCCAAAUGUGAACUCAAAAUGGUCACUGAGAGUGACACCCUUGGAGCUGCCUUGCAC